CCCCGCGCGCGGCGCUCCCACCGAACCCACCAUGGCUGGCGGUCCGCACGCGCCAGGCCAAGCUGGAGCCCCGCCGAACCACCGCAAGCGCAAGGCCCCGGUCCCCGGCGCAGCCGCGGGGGACGAGGCGGAGACUGAGGUGCACGCGUUGGGGAGGGAGGUCGAGGAGCUUGAGGAGUCGCUGGCCGAACUGGACCGCCGCGUCCUCGAGCACCUCCGCGGCACCGCCACUCGCCUCGCCGAUGCCGCCGUCGACCGCCUCGCCGCGCUCCGCCCGCCCGCCCGCCAGGAAUUUCUAGCAGUCUCAGAAACACCAAGUUCGGAAGAAGAUCAAGAGCAACUUCAAAAAUUAAACAUCCUCAAAUCCAAGAUAGAGGCUAAUAUUGCAGAUUUGCCUAAGGUACUUGAGAAAAUGCACGAAUCUGUCGCUCGCUGCGAGAAGUUGGAGAAUUUGCAUGUGAAUAUCGAUUCUAUUUUUCGAACAAGACGCUUGUAUCAUGGUUGAGACCUGUUGAUUUGGCAUUAUGUAGUCAGGGACUGAUCACUGGUAGGACAGCCAUAAGUAGAUGUUGGAUGUAAUGUGUUCUGUAGGUUUAUUU